CAAGCUGAAGUUGGCACUUAUCGGUCAGAGCCUCUUUGGACAGGAAGUCUACCGCCACCUCCGGAAAGAGGGCCACAAAGUAGUGGGAGUGUUCACGAUUCCAGACAAGGAUGGAAAAGCAGACCCACUGGGUGAGUGUAUCUUGGGACCAUGAGGCCAAGGAAUUUGCACUGGCCUUUCAACUCUUCAGCCUCAGGGCCCCAGUUCAGCCUGCAGUCAGCUCUUGUCUUCUUCCAGUUCUUUGCCACAGGCCCCAAAGACCCCAACUGCACACCUCCCUUUGAGUUCUGCCACCUCCACUUCACCCAUCAAAGGCCUUCUUGGGCUAAGUCUAUUUACCCAGUAGAUGCAGACUCCCCAGCCUUCCCUGCUCUGUGGGCUCAAGACGAAGGCACAGGCCCCUAUUGUAUUGGAGGUCCAUCAGAGGAAUCGCCAGGCUUGUAUUUUUUCUGAAUCAUACUUGGGACUUUCCAAAACUGCUAUGGCACAUGGAGAAUAAUGCCUGAUGUGGAGGUGCCAGUGACAUUGUUGCCCAAUGACAGAAAUUGAUGUGGGGUCACGAAGAAUGUAUUUAUCUCAUAAAACAUUAUGGCUGUGGCUGCUUGGCUUCUAAGGUGGGGUGAGAAGAUAACUAUCCUCAAAGCAACCCUGCAAUGUGAUUCCCAAUUUGCAAGUCAUCAUUAUGUUGAGAAAUGGCUUUAGCUGCAGAGAAAGAUGGGACCCCUGUGUUCAAGUUCCCUAGAUGGAGAGUCAAGGGCAAGACCAUAAAGGACGUGGCAGAAGCCUACAGAUCUGUGGGUGCCGAGCUGAACGUGCUUCCCUUCUGCACACAGUUCAUCCCCAUGGAUGUGAUCGAUACCCCAAAGCAUGGUUCCAUCAUUUAUCACCCUUCCAUCCUUCCCAAGCACAGAGGAGCCUCUGCUAUCAACUGGACUCUAAUUAUGGGAGAUAAGAAAGCUGGGUUUUCUGUCUUCUGGGCUGAUGAUGGUUUAGACACGGGACCCAUCCUCCUACAGAGGUCAUGUGAUGUCCAACCUAAUGAUACAGUGGAUGCACUUUAUAAUCGAUUCCUUUUUCCCGAAGGUAUCAAGGCCAUGGUAGAAGCUGUCCAGCUCAUAGCCGAUGGAAAAGCUCCUCGUAUUCCCCAGUUGGAGGAAGGGGCAACAUAUGAAGGUAUCCAGAAAAAGGAGAAUGCCAAGAUUUCUUGGGAUCAGCCUGCUGAAGUUUUACAUAAUUGGAUCCGUGGCCAUGAUAAAGUCCCGGGAGCUUGGGCAGAGAUAAAUGGGCAGAUGGUUACUUUCUAUGGCUCAUCGUUGCUGAAUAGCUCCGUGCCUCCUGGAGAACCACUGGAAAUUAAAGGUGCCAAGAAACCUGGUCUCGUUACCAAAAAUGGACUUGCUCUUUUUGGUAACGAUGGAAAAGCUCUGAUGGUGAGAAAUCUGCAGUUUGAAGAUGGAAAAAUGAUUCCAGCCUCUCAGUACUUUUCAGCGGGUGAGGCCUCAGUGGUGGAACUCACAGCCGAGGAGAUGAAGGUGGCCGAGACCAUCAAGGUCAUCUGGGCUGGAAUUUUAAGCAAUGUCCCUGUUAUUGAAGACUCAACAGACUUCUUUAAGUCUGGAGCGAGCUCAAUGGAUGUUGUCAGGCUGGUUGAAGAGAUCAGACAGAAAUGUGGUGGGCUUCAGUUACAAAAUGAAGAUGUUUAUAUGUCCACCAGAUUUGAAGAUUUCAUCCAGAAGAUUGUGAGGAAACUGAGGGGAGAAGAUCAAGACGCAGAGUUCAUAGUGGAUUAUGUUUCAAAGGAAGUUAAUGAAAUGACAGUAAAAAUGCCAUAUCAGUGUUUCAUAAAUGGAGAGUUCAUAGAUGCUGAAGAUGGAAAGACGUACGACACCAUCAACCCAACAGAUGGAUCUACAAUAUGCAAGGUAUCCUAUGCUUCCUUAGUGGAUGUUGACAAAGCAGUAGCAGCAGCAAAAGAUGCUUUUGAAAAUGGAGAAUGGGGCAAAAUGAAUGCAAGAGAAAGAGGGAGACUGAUGUACAGACUUGCAGACUUAAUGGAAGAGCACCAAGAAGAGCUGGCAACCAUUGAAGCCCUCGAUUCAGGGGCUGUCUAUACUUUGGCUCUGAAGACUCACAUUGGAAUGUCUGUGCAAACAUUCAGAUAUUUUGCUGGCUGGUGUGACAAAAUUCAGGGGUCUACAAUUCCAAUUAACCAGGCGCGUCCAAAUCGCAAUCUGACUUUUACGAAAAAGGAGCCACUUGGUGUCUGUGCCAUCAUCAUUCCCUGGAAUUACCCUCUGAUGAUGCUGGCUUGGAAGAGUGCUGCGUGCCUGGCGGCGGGCAACACCUUAGUCCUUAAGCCAGCGCAGGUCACGCCUCUGUCUGCUUUGAAGUUUGCAGAGCUCUCUGCUAAAGCAGGUUUCCCUAAGGGGGUGAUCAACAUCAUCCCAGGCUCAGGAGGCAUAGCAGGACAACGCCUUUCUGAGCAUCCAGACAUCCGCAAACUUGGCUUCACUGGUUCCACACCUAUUGGCAAACAGAUCAUGAAAAGCUGUGCUGUGAGCAACUUGAAGAAAGUGUCCCUUGAACUUGGUGGCAAAUCUCCACUUAUAAUAUUCAAUGACUGUGAACUUGACAAGGCUGUGCGAAUGGGCAUGGGUGCAGUAUUUUUCAACAAAGGAGAGAAUUGUAUUGCAGCUGGGCGGUUGUUUGUGGAAGAAUCCAUCCAUGAUGAAUUUGUGACAAGAGUGGUAGAAGAAAUUAAAAAGAUGAAAAUUGGUGAUCCACUUGAUAGAUCUACUGAUCAUGGACCCCAAAAUCACAAGGCUCAUCUGGAAAAACUUCUGCAAUACUGUGAAACUGGAGUGAAAGAGGGGGCCACCUUGGUGUAUGGAGGAAGGCAAGUCCAAAGACCAGGCUUUUUCAUGGAGCCGACUGUGUUCACAGGCGUGGAAGAUCACAUGUAUCUUGCCAAAGAGGAAUCCUUUGGGCCUGUUAUGGUCAUCUCUAAAUUCCAAAAUGGGGACAUCGAUGGUGUGUUGCAGCGAGCGAAUAAUACAGAAUAUGGUUUGGCCUCGGGGGUGUUUACGAAAGACAUAAAUAAAGCGAUGUAUGUGAGUGAAAAACUGGAGGCGGGAACUGUUUUUAUUAACACAUACAACAAGACGGAUGUGGCAGCCCCGUUUGGUGGAGUUAAACAGUCCGGCUUUGGAAAAGACUUAGGUGAGGAAGCUCUAAAUGAAUACCUCAAAACCAAGGCGGUUACGCUGGAAUAUUAGAGCAAUGUCAUCAUCAGGAAACCCUCGGCAGACAUCAUGACUCCCGAACUCUCAACACAUUUAAGAAGCCUGGGUGUGCUAUAGAAGGAGUUAUCAGCCAUGAGCCAAAAAAUACACAAAUGUAUACCAUCAAGAGGGUCAGGCCACACGUCUAAGCGUUUACAUAUGUGCCUAUGUAUUUUGUAAUAUACCUUUUAUACCUUGAAAUGAUUUGUAGUUGUUGGGUUUCUACACUGUUGUAUAUUAUACAUAUUUUGGAAACACCAAGCUGCUUUUUCUUCCACCAAGAUUAAUCUAGCCAUGACUGUGUAUCUUGAAAACACUAAUGUCAUGCAAUUACAAUACAUAAGAUGCAUUUAUUAGAACAUUUGUAUAAUAUUUACAGAGCUAUACAUAAAAGAUUAAAAUAUUUUCUGUCA